AUGAUGGAAGCUGAGUUUAGAAAUAAGAAAGGGUGUUUCGGUGGAGAAGAGGAAAAUGAAAUUUGCCUAGGUACCCUUAAAUAUCUUAUUCAUGAUGGCAAUUGGAACAUUCCUAAAACAUUCAAAUUGCUUGCACUUGAGGUAACUGCUGACAUGCAACAAAUCAUCAUACCUGGCUUUCCUCAUGCAACAUAUUCUCAGAACUGGUGUGGAUCUAAUGAUGGUGAUCUAUCUUUUAGGAGUGAUUAUGAUAGCUUCACUUCCAAGCAUAAUGAACCUGCCUUGCCCAAACUCAUAUGGCAAGGCUUUACUCCUCCGGCCAAAUCAUAUAUCUUCACUUCUUAA